AUGGGGGUCUACUGGACAACAGAGUGCCUGCCCAUUGCUGUGACGUCAUUAUUACCAGUGGUUCUCCUGCCGGCGCUUGGGGUCUUGUCCGCCAGAAACACUUCCGGGUCAUAUUUCAAUGACACGUCCAUGCUGUUUGUUGGCGGUUUGCUUGUCGCUAUCGCCAUUGAGGUGUGGGAUGUUCACAAAAGGAUAGCACUCCUGGUUCUCAGGAUUGUGGGUGCCGAACCUCGAUGCCUUCUGCUGGGAAUCACACUGGUUACCUGGUUUCUGUCCAUGUGGAUCUCCAACACCGCCACAACCGCUAUGAUGAUGACCAUAGUCCACGCGCUCCUGGAGCAGUUCAAGGAUUUCAUGGACGUACAGGAAGUCGCCCUGUCUGUAAACAUCAACUCCAGCAACGAAGCAACCCUCAGGCAGUCGACAGAGCACGAUCUAGAGAAGGAGAGACACAAGCAGAAGUCUGAGGCGGAGUUCAAGCGACUGGGCAAGGCCUUGUCUCUGACAGUGGCAUAUGCCGCCAACAUCGGCGGGAUCGCCAGUCUCACUGGCACAGGACCAAACCUGGUCUUUUUUGCCGCAUCUCAAAAGGUGUUCGAGGACGUGGGAUUACACUCUCCAGUCAGUUUCAGCACCUGGUUGAUUUACGGGCUGCCUCUGUCGCUGAUACUCGUGGUUGUCAUGUGGUUGUGGAUGGUCACAAUCUUUCUCAGAUGCAAAGGAAACUGCAGCUGUUGUAGUCUUGGCCCCAGAUCUGUCAGCGACCAGGUGCAAAAGGUCAAUGAAAAGAUCAGGGACGAAUAUCAAAAGCUGGGUCCUGUUACGUAUGCUCAAGGUUCUGUGAUCGUCUGCUUCGUGACCUUAAUCAUUACCUGGGUGACCCGAGACCUAGGUGGGGUCGGAGGAUGGAACAGCUUGUUUCCUGGAGGGUACGUCAGUGACUCAACGCCCUCGCUACUGUUUGGCAUUCUGAUGUUUGUACUUCCGUCAUCUUUCCCAUCGUCUAUCACCAACAGGUGGACCUACCAACGAAUCAGCCCACUGCUCUCCUGGAAGCACAUCCACACAAAGAUGCCUUGGUCACUCUAUCUGCUCCUGGGAGGCGGUUACGCCCUUGCACGUGCUGCCACGGAUUCUGGACUUUCUGCAUGGAUGGGGGAUCAACUACUGGUGUUCCGUGACCUCAACCACUGGGUCAUCCUGUUGAUUGUCUGCUACAUCAUCACCUUCCUGACUGAAGUGACCAGUAACACGGCCAUUGCCACACUCAUGAUGCCCAUCCUCUCCCAGAUGGCCAUUAGUCUGCAGCUGAAUCCGUUGUUUCUGAUGUUUCCCGCCGCCAUUACCACAUCCUUCGCGUUCAUGUUGCCCGUAGCAACGCCUCCAAACGCUAUCGUCUUCUCCCAUGGUAUUGUCAGAGUCGUAGAUAUGGUGGUCAGUGGACUGUUCCUAAACUGUGUCAGCGUUCCCAUCCUCCUGUUUGCCACCGCCACCUGGGGAAACGCCUUCUUCAAGUUCGACCAAAUGCCUCCAGAGUUUGCCAGUAACGCCACCAUCGUCUCGUUACGGAGCUAG